AUGGCCGGUAACCUCAACCACCCCGCAGCUCCUCACAGCCCGCAGCACUCGUCACGUACCAGCCUACCCAGGCAGCUGCAGCAGCAGCUGAACCUGCAGAGGAAUUCCGGCAUGUUCUGUGACGUAACGCUGCAGGUGCAGGGGGCCAGGUUCCCAGUCCACAAGUGCGUCCUGGCUGCCUUCUCUCCCCACUUCUCCCUCCUCCUGUCUAACAGUGACAGGACCGUGGUGGAACUGAGCAUCCUCACCAAGGAGGGCGUGAGAGCCGUCAUUGACUUCAUGUACACCUCCAACUUUGUCCUCACGCAGGACAACAUCGUGGCGAUAUCGGCCGCAGCGUGGUACCUACAGAUUACAGAACUGAGCCAAGACUGUCAAAUGUACCUGCUGAAGAACCUACACAGGGGAGGGGCGGGGGGUGUUAGUCAGGGGGGUGCACAUAGUUCAGAUACAUCUCUACAAGUACAAGCAGACAGUGUCAAUAACAGAAGGUAUGAUAAUGCCAACAGAUUACAAAGUUCAGAGGCCAACAUGCAGACAUCACAGCCUGCUCAGCGAGACUCAAAUGAUCCAACUACAAAGAAUGAACCAGAGCAGUACUCAGAGUCAGAAGGAUUUGUUGAGGAAGAAAUCCACAGUGCUCACAGCUCUCACAGCCAUGGUAGUCAGGAAAUCAUGCAAAGACCUAGCACAGGUAGUGCCCAGCAACUUGAUAAAGUGUUUAAACCAGUGCAAGAGCAGCCAAUGGGCACGGAGGAGAAUGACGUGAUUACAAUCAAGGAUGAGGAUGAUCAUGAGAGUUUGAGCUCCUUUACUGCAGAGGAGGGAGCCUACAGUUUUGACUAUGGUUCCAGCAGUACUACAGGUAUCCUGGCAGAGACAUCUUCAUCAGCUCCUUUAGAACACAGAGUCACGAGUGAUGGCAUAAUUGUGUCUGCCCAAGCUGAUGAGGAUGUUUUUCAGAGAAACCUCUUCUCAGCUGGUACGGUAGGUACGCACUAUAUCGAGAGACCAUUUCAGUGCAGCCAGUGCAAGUUCAGGUUCAAGACGUUUCACCACCUGAAGAUCCACAUGAGGAUCCACACGGGGGAGAAGCCGUACCACUGCGACAUGUGUCCGUCCAGGUUUACCCGUAAGGACCACCUGACGCAGCACCAACGCAAGCACACCGGUGAGAGACCGUACCAGUGCCCAAUCUGUCCUCACGCCUUCAGCCAGAAGUCUUCCCUGAACAUGCACAUGGUGAGGAGACACAGCUCAUACGAGGACACGUUCUACAAGUGUUUGGAGUGUUCUGCCAAUUUCCCCAACAGGGUGGAUUUUGUGAACCACAUGCUCACUCAGCACCAAACCCACGAUAGAGCAAGCACAGGACAGACAUUCCCAAAUGACUAUGGUGAACAAGUCGGUUUGGCGACUAUGUCUCAACAUGACAUGGAACAGGGAGAUGACAGCCAUUCUCAAAAUUCAGCUUCUAGUAAUGUUACUAGCUCUGCCAUUGGCCAGGGAGGGUGGCAAUAAACUAGUUCAUGGUGUAAUACAUUGUGGAUAAUAUGUUAAAGUUAAAGGCCCAUUUUUUAUGCCAUCACACUGCCUGAGUUUGUGUUACAUGGACUACAUAGGACAGGACCACAGAAAUAUGCCAAAAUGAAUGGGGUAAAAUACAGACAUAGCCAUUUACUGGAAAAACUUGAUAGAUGAAGUAUUGUCUUCAUUUUUUAAAUGUAAAUAGAAAGAGUCUGUUUUGUAAUUGGACAAGUAAAAGCAAACAAACGUAUUGCUUCCAUGUACAAUGUAGGUAUGUAUACGCCAAUAGAGACAGAUUGCCAUGGUAAAGAUGACUAGAAACAGUGUGAUACUAGUAAUCAUGAUCAUAAUCUCAAGAUAUCAUAUAUAUACACGUCACAUCAUGGAUGUCGAUUCUUUAUGGGUGUUUGUAGAAACGUUAGAAGCAUAAUAUUGCUCAUUACU